UUUAACUAAACAUGCCAAGGAAACGGGUGCUGGAAAAUGAUGACGUUGUCAGUGUGAAGCGGACAAAAGUCAGUCAUCCAACACACCAAACGGAGCCUGGACUGCUGCUGACCUUGGGGCAGGGUGAUCUUGGGCAGCUGGGCCUUGGCCCAAAGGUGAUGGCACGGAAGAGGCCUGCCCUGGUGCAACUCUCCGAGAAGAUCAUCCAGGUAGAAGCCGGAGGGGUUCACACAGUGUGCCUCACCGAGACAGGCAAGAUCUAUACCUUUGGCUGCAAUGAUGAGGGUGCCUUGGGGAGGGACACUUCAGAGGAAGGGUCCGAAUCCAUUCCCGGGCUUGUCGACCUGAAGGAGAAGGUGGUGCAGGUGUCUGCUGGAGACAGCCACACAGCGGCCUUGACAGAGGAUGGGCGUGUUUUCAUCUGGGGUGCUUUCCGGGAUGAAAAUGGAGUCAUUGGCUUACUGGCUCCUCUGAAAGGGGAAGAAAAUGUGGAUACCACAAAGGGCAGCCCUCUUCCUGUGGAGCUGCAGCUGGAUGUACCUAUGGUUAAGAUUGCCUCAGGAAGCCAUCACUUGGCGAUGGUGUCUACGGCAGGCAAACUUUACACCUGUGGUUGCGGAGACAAUGGCCAACUGGGCCGAGUGCCCCAAAUUUUCACCACCAGAGGGGGACGAAGAGGAUUGAAGCUGCUGCUGCUCCCACAAACAGUCGCUAUCAAGCCGAGAGGCUGUAAGACCAAGGGACGCAUCCAGGACGUAUUCUGUGGGUCUUAUUCCACCCUUGCCAUCACACAAGAGGGGCAUGUUAUUGGAUUUGGCCUCUCCAAUUACUAUCAGCUGGGUUCACAAGGGAUUGAAACUUACUACUCGCCAAAGAUUCUGCCCGCAUUCAAGAACUCCAACAGAUCUUGGGUCAAGUUCUCAGCUGGUCAACAUCACACUGUGUGCCUGGACUCAGAAGGAACCGUGUGUAGUCUGGGCAGGGCAGACUACGGUAUGCUGGGCCUUGGCCAGGGCUGUUCAGAGAAGAGCACCCCCACGGCCAUUCCUGGGAUACCCAAGUCCUCUUCAGUUGCCUGUGGAGAAAGAGUUGGCUUUGCAGUCACAGAAGACGGUCGAGCUUUUGCCUGGGGCAUGGGCUCUAACCUCCAGCUUGGCACAGGCGAUGAAGAUGAUGCUUGGAGCCCUCUUCAGAUGUCUGGGCAACAGUUGGAGAAUCGCAGUGUCCUCUCUGUGUCCAGUGGAGGGCAGCACACUGUCUUACUGGUCAAGGACAAGCAGUAUUGACAAACUGUACUUGCAUUAUUGCUGAGAGCCACCCGAGGGCACUGAUUUAAUCCAGUUCAUUGCAACAGUGUCAUCUCAAAGGUGACAGAGAGAGACUAGCCUAAUUUCAGACACAUAGUCAGAAACUGCAGGAAGACGGGCACAGAGCAGUUUCCAACUUUGUCAUCUGCAGAUGCAUUAUGAAACUUGGGACCGUUGUACAAAAGACUUUUUUUAAAAUAGUAAAUUGAGGCCUGGGGUGGAAGCAGUUGGGUGCUUUUUGUGUUUUUUGAAAAAUAAGGACAAAAUUUAAAAAUAAUGGCAUUUACUCAACAGACAAAUCUGUAAAUUUCUAAAAAUUUCUAACUUGUUAUGUUUAACUUCUGAAAAUAAUAGUUUUUCUCUCAUCUAGGUUUUUGAAAAUGCUAUCUAUAUAAAAAGUUUUCUGAAUUCAA